AGCUUUCUAUGGAGGUCGGUAUAAAAGAGAAAGUCGGCAGCGCAUCUUUGAUCGAGUAACUAUCCCGCCAACGCGCAUGCGCGAUAGUGUUUUGCUCGCGUACAAUUCUUAUUGUGUUUGGAAAGGCGAAAGUGUGGAGCGUAAAAUGGUGAAUUCGUCAAUAUUUACGUGAACUGAUUAGUGAGGGAGGAUUCCGUUAGUAAACACCGUUGAAGACGAGACGUCUGUCGCAACGGUACUACAGAGAAGGCCAGAAUUGACCUGUUCACCACGGUUGGAAGCUCACAUCACUCUUACUGUUUAUUUCAUACUUUUCCGUUUUCUGCUGUAGCUAAAAGGGAAUUAAUAAUUUACAAAUUGUACAACUCUUACGCGGAUAGGAGAGCUCAGCAAGCGUGGCAUCUGGCUCGGACUCCCCUCGAGACCGGGUUAUACAAGAAGGCCCCGGGAUGAGGUGACUUUUCGAAACGAGCCUUUUGUUCGACGAAGGCACAUCCAAGACGCGGGGUCAAAAUGAGACACGAAAGGGCAAGGGCGCUGGAGGACGGCGGAAAAAGAAGGGCGGACGAGACAAUGGGCUAACACAGCAAGGUGCAGACCAGACAAGCAUGAAGGAGAUGGUAGGGGGGUGCUGUGUUUGUUCAGAUGAGAGAGGGUGGGCUGAAAACCCACUCGUCUACUGUGAUGGUCAAGGAUGCACUGUGGCGGUACAUCAGGCUUGUUACGGGAUAGUGACUGUACCGACUGGACCGUGGUUUUGCCGGAAGUGUGAGAGUCAGGAGAGGUCAGCAAGAGUGAGGUGUGAGCUGUGCCCGAGCCGGGACGGUGCGCUGAAGCGGACGGACAACAAUGGUUGGGCGCACGUGGUGUGCGCGCUGUACAUCCCCGAAGUGCGCUUCGGGAACGUGACGACGAUGGAGCCCAUCAUCUUGCAGCUCGUGCCCCCGGAGAGAUUCAACAAGGUGUGCUACAUCUGCGAGGAGCAGGGCAAGCGGGGGCCCGGCGGCAACGGCGGGCGCGCGACCGUGGGCGCGUGCAUGCAGUGCAACCGGUCGGGCUGCAAGCAGCAGUUCCACGUUACGUGCGCGCAGGCGCUGGGGCUGCUCUGCGAGGAGGCGGGCAACUACCUGGACAACGUCAAGUACUGCGGCUACUGCCAGCACCACUACUCCAAGCUGAAGAAAGGUGGCAACGUGAAGACCAUUCCCCCCUACAAGCCGAUCCCGGCUGCCGGAGUGUCUCCCAGCUCGUCGCCGGAGAAGGAGCUCGUCAUCGACACCUCGGCCAAAGCGACCGGGACGAAGCGGAAGACGGCAUCCGGCAUCACUUCCGGCGGCCCGUCCUCUGGCGGAGCGGUCGGCGCGGCGGCGGCAGGCGGAGUGAAGCCCGCGGCACCCCCCACCGUGCCGGGCGGCGUGACCAAGGCAAACAGCGGGCGCGCUGCCGACGGCUCGAGCCCCCUGGCGGUGGCGGGACCCGCGGCGGAGCUGCUCGUCGUGGGAGGGGACUCGAAGGACGGGCUGAAGUACGCACCGGGGCUCGUCGCCAGUGGGUACGAGACGGACGGCCCCACGGGGAAGAAGAGGAAGACGGGCGGCCGGCGGACGCCGACUGCCGCCUCGGAGAGCCCCGCCGCGUCGACGCCGACUCCGCCCCCGGACGUAGGGGUGGGGCCGAUCCUUCCCGGGGAGGCGGUGCCGGACGUGGUCGGCGGACGGAAGGUGAAGCUGGAGGUCGGCGCCAACGUGACGGUGGGCGGCGGGGGCGCGGUCCCGCCGGGGGCGCAGCCUCCGUCUGUCGUGGUGCGGUCGCCCAACGUCAUCGCCACGGCGGGGGGCCCCGUCGGCCUACUACAUUUUUUGGAUCGGUGUCGAGUGCACGCACGACCCCCGCACCUUUUAGACCGCAUUCCGAGAGAUUAUAGGAACGACCUCCGGCGUACUCGAGUUGCAGGUGGUGUGUCGAGCCCCCACCAGGGCAUCGUGGUGUCGGUGCCGCUGUCGGCCGCCAGUGCGGCCGUGCCCGCGGCCGCCCCCGUCUCCGCGGCCUCCACCGCACCCGCACCUCCGCCCGUGGCGGACGCCGCGGCGACGUCGUCGAACCCGACGCCUCCGCCGCAGGGUCCGCCCGCGCCGCAGCCGACGCUGUUCCAGCAGCUGCAGCAGUCGAUGGCGCACUCUGCGCACCACAUCCAACCGCCGCAGCCGUCGCCACCGCCUCCGCGCCACACGCCGUCGCCGCAGCAGACGUCAACGCUCGUCAUGGUGGAAGAGCCGCAGCCGGCCCACCACCACCCGGCCAAGAGGCAGAGGUCGCAGUCGACGGAGAAGCCGGGGACGUCCGCCUCGACCCCGCCGGUCGACACGAAGUCGGCGGCACCGGUCGCCGUAAAUCGCAGCGGGAAACCGCGCCGCGGGAUGGGCGGGAGCAGCAGUCUCCCGUCCGCCCCCACGGUGGCCCCCGUCACCAAGAGCCGGCGCGGGGGCGGCGAUCCCACCCCUCCCCCUCUGCCCGUCAAGGAGUCCCCGCCGAGCAGCCCCGGGUCGGAAAGCGUCGGCAGUGCCGCCGCCGCCGCCGCCGCUGCCGCCAAGGCGGCCCUUCCCGUCGCCGGCAUCGGUCGUGCCCGCCGGGAGAAGGACGAGCGGGACGUCAAGCCUUUCCAGAACGGCGUGUCGGCGCCGCACAUGCUGGGCAACCAGCUGAACCCCGCUUCGACGAUGGCGCAGAAGAUGUCGGACACGCUGUCGGCGGAGCUGGAGGCGCACGGCAACGCGUACGCGCCGGCCGACUCGAGCAACUCGUCGCUGGUGGGGCCGCCACUGCACUCGAGGGUCAUCGCUUCGGUGAAAUUUGCGAACCGAUCCCCUCGACGUGUGCACGGAGUUCGACGACGAGAAUGACGGCGGCACUACGUCUGUCCGACGCAGGCGCGGUCGUCGGCGGCGGCGGCGGCGAACGGGCAGCCGGGAGGCGGCGGCGGCGGGGCGUCGUCGUCGGCAGCUCCGGGCACGGUGCCGCAGAGCCUGGACCAGCUGCUGGAGCGGCAGUGGGAGCAGGGCAGCCAGUUCCUCAUGGAGCAGGCCCAGCACUUCGACAUCGCCAGCCUGCUGUCGUGUCUGCACCAGCUGCGCGCCGAGAACCUGCGCCUGGAGGAGCACGUGAGCUCGCUGCUGCAGCGCCGCGACCACCUGCUGGCCGUCAACGCCCGCCUCGCCAUCCCGCUCGCCUCGCAGCCGCCGGCGCAGGUGAACAACGUGCACCCGCAGCACGGCGGGGCGGUGGGGGCGACGCCCGCGGUGGCGCCUCGCCACAACAACAGCUACCUGGCGCCGCAGCACUCGCACCACCACCAGCACGCGCACGCCGGGCCGUCGCCCGCCCCCGGUCCCUCGCCGGGGCCGCCGCCUGCGCACCCGGGCAUCGUGGAGAACGGUCUGCCGCCGGAGCCGUACCCGCAGCCGCAGCCCCAGCCGCACCGGAACCCCUCGCCCAGCGUCAGGGCGAGCGUCCACCAGGCGGCGCCCCCGCAGUACGCGGCCUACCAGCCGGCGCCGCCCCCGCCGCCCACCUCCAGCCCCGCCUCUGCCGCCUCCCAGAUGAUGCGGCGCGACAGCGGGGGUAGCCUCCCCGAUCUCCACCACCCGCUGCCCCCAUAGUCCGAGCGGUGGGCGGCGCAGCCGGGGGCGGAGAAGCGCGUGUGGGGCGCACUGCUGCUGCCGUCACCGCCGCCGCU